CCAAAAAAUAAAAAUAAAAAAGAAGGCCCCAUCUCUCUUCAGUAGCCUGAAAAAAAAGCCAUAAACUUUUUUUUUGAACCCUAAACCCCCGCUCCCCUGUUUUCCUUUUUUUUUUAAAUCUUCAUUGAACCGCCAUGAAAGGAGCGAAACGGUUUGCUUUAUCGGGCUCGGUCGCCGAUACCAACGAUUCUGCUUUUCGGAAUAAAAGAAUAAUGGCAGGAUCUCUUUUUGAUGCUCAAAGGGCAGAACCAUCUCAACAGCAGUCAACUGCAACACCACCACUAGACCCACAGCGAGCUGAGUUGUCCCGGCAACAUGUGAAAGCUCUCAACACCCAAUUUGCAAGUUGGGUGCAAUCACAACUGAAGAAUCACCCUGAUGAGCUUUGGGAAGAUGGUGUUCAGGACUACCUAACACAUGCUUCAAACAUUAUGGAGAAGUUCAGUGAUGUUGUCGACUGGCUCAAAGCAUAUGCUGUAAAUAGUGACAGCUUGUCUGUUCCUGAAUCUCAAAAAAGUGGAAGUAAAGUGGUGCCUGAAACUAAGAAUACUGAGAAUAAAUUUUUUCAAGUAAAAACUGGAUUCACUCCAAGCAGCACAACUACAGGCUUUAGUCUAGGCACUACAACCCCGAGCUUUUCUCUAGGCACUACAACCAUGAGCUUUUCUCCAGGCACUACGACCGUGAGCUUUGCUCCAGGUACUACGACUACAAGUCCUACACCAGCUGAUAUGAAUAAAAUAUUUUCUCCCGUGUAUACAAGUGCAAGCUUCACCUCAGCUAGUUCAACUACAAGCUUCACUCCAGCUGGUAUGACUACGAGCUUUAUGGCAGGUGGUUCGAAUUCAAGCUUUACAUUUGGCAGUACAGCCACAAGUUCUACUUCAGCCAGUCCAGCAACUAUCUUUACCUCAUCUGGCAUGACCACGAGCUUUACAGCUCCAAGGAGCUCUGGAGUAUUCUCCAAUAGUCAGACUCCUGUCUUGUUUGGAAGUCAAAGCUCAGUUGCUGUGAACAACAAUGCAUCAGAUGACGCAGAUGAUGAAAAUGAGUUACCUCAGCCUAGCAGCCCAUCGGUGAAGAAGUCAGAGGAGAAGGGUAUUGUCGUUGUUCAUGAAGUCAAAUGCAAGCUUUAUGUCAAGUCAACUGAUCCAGCAGAGAAAGAUUCAUGGAAAGAUAAAGGCACAGGGCAGCUUUCCAUUAAGUGCAAAGAGGGUAUUAGCAAGGGUUCAGCAGAUUCCAAACCAACAAUUGUCGUUCGGAAUGACGUGGGAAAGGUGUUACUUAAUGCUUUGCUAUAUCCAGGGAUCAAGACAAGUGCACAAAAGAAUUCCCUUGUUGCAAUAUUUCAUACUUCGGAUGAUGGUGGCAAUAAUGAUAAAGUUGUGGCACGUACCUUCUUAAUUAGAACAAAAUCAGAGGAGGACCGAAACAAACUGGCUACAGCAAUUCAAGAAUAUGCGCCUGCAUCGUAAAGUAUCUAUAGGUGACAUCAUUUUAUUCCAUCAUCUUGAGCCCUAGCAAAUAUAAUGUAAUCCUGAAUGAGUGCAAUUUUCCUGGAUAUUAUUCCUUCACAUUAUGCCAGGGUCGGCAAUUUUAGGGACUAGCCCAGCUUGCUCUGGCGGCUCCAAAAGCAAGGGGGCCUAUUUUCAUAAUCAGACUUGAUGAGAUUAUUGUAUGCCCACAGGAGUUGUACCAUAAACAGAGAUUACAGUUAUUAUCUUCUGCUGAAAAAUUCUGAGGAACUGUUUCUGUGAUUCCUAUUAAAUCUUUUGGAUGCCCUUUUCAAGCCAGGUGCUGAUGGCUCACUACUGAAACGAAUUUUGUUCCAA